AUGCCCCCCUUCCUAGUUGCCUUCACCGUCCUCUUGUGCCUACGCACCCCGACCAGUUCUGCCGUGACGGACACCAUCUUGGCCGGCCAAGCGCUCGCCGUCGACGACAAGCUCGUCUCCAGCAAUGGCAGGUACGCGCUCAGCUUCUUCCAGACCAGACACACUGCCAACUGGUACCUCGGCAUAUGGUUCAACACAGUCCCCAAAUUCACUUCAGCAUGGGUUGCAAAUAGGGAUAGACCCAUACAGAACACCACCUCACUAGAGCUCACAAUCUCCCACCACGGCAACCUUGUCAUCUUCAACCGGUCUGCCAAAUCCGUAAUCUGGUCUACACAAGCAAACAUCACAAGAAAUAGCUCUGCUGCUAGGCUGUUGAGCAGUGGAAAUCUCAUCCUGACAGACUCUUCAAACCCAUCAGAGGUUCUGUGGCAGAGCUUUGAUCACCCCACAGAUACAUUUUUUCCUGGGGCGAAACUUGGAUGGGACAAGGUCACCGGCCUGAAUCGCCGUUUGGUUUCUUGGAAAAACAUAAUCGACCCAGCUACCGGUGUGUACUGUGAGCAGUUAGACCCCAGUGGAAUUAACCAGGUAUUUCUUGUAGCAUUGAACUCAUCCAUACACUACUGGUCCACCGGUGUGUGGAACGGCCAAUAUUUCGCUGCAAUUCCAGAGAUGUCAGCCGCCCACUAUAUUAGUCCAAAAUUUGUCGACAAUGACCGUGAGAAGUACGUGACAUAUGAUUUAGUAGAUGAAUACAUGGAUCCAAAUAUGGUUACUCGUCAUGUAGUUGACGUCUCAGGUCAAAUAAAGGCAUUCAUUUGGAUGAAGGGCUUAGAGGAUUGGCUAAUGAUCAAUACCCAACCAAGAGCUCAGUGUGAUGUCCAUGCAAUUUGUGGUCCUUACACAAUUUGCACUGAUAAUGAAGUGCCACACUGCAAUUGUAUGGUGGGCUUCAAGAUAACAUCCCCUAAGGAUUGGGAGCUAGAAGAUCGGUCGGGUGGGUGCUCGAGAAAUACUCAGUUAGACUGCAUAAGCAACAAAAGCACAACACACACCACAGACAAGUUCUAUUCUGUGCCAUGUGUUAAACUGCCCCAGGAUGUCCCAAAAGUAGAAGCUGCUGCAAGCGCGAAUCAGUGUGCACAAGUUUGCCUCAGUGAUUGCUCUUGCACAGCAUACUCCUUUGGCAACAAUGGAUGUUUCAUGUGGCAUAGUGAAUUGCUCAACAUAAAAGCACUAAAAUGCAGUGGCACUACUACUUCAAAUGGAGAAACUCUUCACCUUCGUCUUUCUGCUAAAGAUGUACUACAAAGUUUGAGAAACAACAGAAGAGGGAUUGCUAUUGCAGUUGCAACUGGUAUGGGUAUUUCUGCUCUAGGCUUAUUUGCACUUAUCCUCUUACUGUUGAUUUGGACAAACAAAGUGUUGAGCUCUGGUCAAAUAAUCAAUGAAUCUCAAGUUUGUACUGGAAUCAUGGCAUUUAGAUACAAUGAUUUACAACGGGCAACAAAAAAUUUCACAGAUAAGUUGGGGGGAGGCAGUUUUGGUUCUGUAUUCAAGGGGCUUAUAAAGAGCUCCAAUGCCAUAGCAGUGAAGAGGCUUGAUGGUGCUUAUCAAGGAGAGAAGCAAUUCAGAGCUGAAGUGAGCUCAAUUGGAGCUGUCCAGCACAUAAAUUUAGUUAAGCUUGUUGGUUUCUGUUGUGAGGGCUCCAAGAGGUUGCUUGUUUAUGAAUACAUGUCAAAUCGCUCUCUUGAUGUCCAUCUAUUUCGAAGCAGUUCAGUUUUGAAUUGGACUGCUAGGUAUCAGAUAGGCCCAGGAGUUGCAAGAGGAUUAGCCUACUUGCAUGACAGCUGCCGAGACUGCAUCAUACACUGUGAUAUCAAGCCAGAAAACAUACUUCUUGAUGCUUCACUCCUUCCAAAAAUUGCAGACUUCGGGAUGGCAAAACUCUUAGGAAGGGAUUAUAGCCGAGUAUUGACAACAAUGAGAGGAACUACAGGGUACCUUGCGCCUGAAUGGCUUACGGGUGUUCACAUUACACCAAAAGUCAAUGUUUUUAGCUACGGGAUGGUGUUGCUGGAAAUAGUAUCCGGAAGGAGGAACUCAUGUGAUUUAUAUCCUAGUGGUGGCAACCCUGAUGUUUAUUUUCCUGUGCAUGCCGCACAUAAGCUUAUUGAAGGAGACGUUGGGAGUUUGGUAGAUCACAAGCUACAUGGUACUGCCAAUCUGGAUGAGGUUGAAAUUGCUUGCAAGGUUGCAUGUUGGUGCCUCCAAGACGAUGAGCUUGAUCGGCCAACAAUGGGACAGGUGGUUCAGAUUCUCGAAGGGCUAGUUGAGAUCACAAUGCCUCCGAUACCAAGACUGCUCCAAGCUAUGGCUGGAAGCUCACAUUCAACAUGUUCGUUUUUUGUUUCAGGAAAACGAGCUGCAUUGCGCACCUAG